AUGGAUGGGUGCAACAGCGACAAGGAGAAGGGUGAGCGUAUUCGCCACCUCGAAAGAAAUGGAGCCGCCAACUUGACGCUAUGGCAAUCCGUCAAGCGUUACCGGAAUGUUGUCUGGUGUUGUCUUGGCUUGACUACGACCAUUUUGUUGUAUGGCUACGACUACGUCAUUGUUGGCGCAACGUCUGCCAUGCCUAGCUUCCAACGGGACUUUGGAUCCAAGCAUGAGGGACGUUGGAUCAUCCCCUCGUUAUGGUUAGGUCUGUGGACAUUGGCGAGUCCUGGAGGAUCCAUCCUCGGUGCCAUUGCCGGCGGUCAAAUUCAAGAUUGGGUGGGACGCAGGGCAUCAAUCGCUAUCGGAUGCUUCUUGUCCGCGAUUGCAGUUGCUAUAUGCUAUGUGUCCUACAUGCCGGCCGACAUUGGCACACGACGCGGCGUCUUCUUGGGGGGCAAAACAUUUCAAGGGCUUACGAUUGGCAUUGUCACGACAACAACACAUACUUACAUGUCCGAGAUUCUGCCCCCGAGUCUUCGGGGUCCGGUCUUGGCAUUCUUCCCCAUGUUCACUCUGCUAGGUCAACUGAUUGGGGCCUCCGUUAUUUUCGGACUCAUGGCAAUGCCCGACGGAUACGCUGUCGGCUUUGCAUCACAGUGGCCGUUUUCCGCGGUGCCCGUGAUUGUGGCGCUUUGCAUCCCUGAGAGUCCUACAUAUCUUGUUCGCAAGAACAAGAUGGCUCAGGCACACAAAUCACAGAAGCGACUAGAGCCCCGGGACGGAGAUGCCCAUGAAACUGUCGAGACAAUUCGACGGAAUAUCGAGCACGAACGGGAGAUGACCCAGGCAACAUAUAUUGACUGCUUCAAGCGUGCCAACCUGAGGAGGACCCUGAUUAUCAUGCUGUCUGGAGCGUUGCCACAAAUCUUGGGCCUCGCCUUGCUGGCAAAAGCUAGUUAUUUCUUUCAAGUGAUUGGCGUGUCAGCAGACGUGAGUGUCAUCCUGUUGAUCGUCGGCAUUGUUUGUGGUCUCCUGGCCAACAUGGCCAGUAUAUGGGUUUUGCACCGGGUAGGGCGGCGGCGCCUCCUUGUUUGGGGUCUAUUUGGAGUCUCCUUUUUAUGGCUUACCAUGGGCAUUUCCGGCAUAUGGGACAAGAAACCGACGACCGAAUAUACCACGUUCAGCAUGAUAGCCAUCGUGGUUGUAGCAGGCAUCAGCGCAUGGCCGGCCUCGUAUGCGGUUGCGGCCUCGGUCUCUGGCUUCGUUUCGCCUUACCUGUACAACGCCGACGCAGCCAACCUGAGAUCCAAGGUAGGCUUCGUCUACGCCGGUCUGUGCGCUGUUGCAGGCGUCGUAUCGUACUUUCACGUUCCGGAAAUGAAGGGUCGCACACCAGCGGAAAUUGACGGAAUGUUUGAAGCAAUGCUUCCGGCUCGGGACUUUGGAACAUGGACUGCGUCACCCUCGACUAGUUCGCGGACUGCGGACGAAAGCACGGGAGAAAGAAGCAUAACUUGA